CCGGUGCCUUUGCAUUUUGGGUCCGGCCCCCUGACGGUGCGCUCCGGGGCUUGAGGGAAGCUCGGGUCGCCCUGCGCACCGGCUUGCGUGGUGCGGGGCGGGAGCGAGGGGCAGUAGCUGCUCCCUGACAGGCCGAAGGGUGAGGACACACCAGGCCCGCCCUCCACCUGCUCAGCCGAGCGGGUGCAGCGCCGCUCGCCGGUCACCGCGGAGGGAGCCUCGCGGGUUGCACCCCGGGUGCCCCAACCAUCGCCCAGUCUAGGAGCCACCCACCCACCCCUGUAACGCCGCGCCCUUCCCUGCCAGCUCUCCACCAUGCCCGGGGGCGUGCCCUGGUCCGCCUACGUGAAAAUGCUCUCCUCCAGCCUCCUGGCCAUGUGCGCCGGGGCCCAGGUGGUGCACUGGUACUACCGGCCUGACCUGACGAUACCUGAGAUCCCACCAAAGCCUGGAGAACUCAGAACGGAGCUCUUGGGACUGAGAGAGAGACACCACGAACCUCGGGUUUCACAACAGUAGAAACUUAAAAUACAGCUCUGCCAAGAAUUCUGCGAUUAACACUUUCUAUAUAUAUUUUUAAAUGUAUUGAGUAAAACUACUUCUUCAAACAUUUAAUCCAAGAACAAAUGCUGGGUGAUAGGAACUGAUAAGGUAGAUCUUGUAUUAUGAUUUGGUCAGUAUUUUCUUUCUUUUUUUUUUUUUGGUCAGUAUUUUCUAGUCUCACUAUGCAUCCUUGGCUCACCUGGAGCUCACUGUGCACAUCAGGCUAGCCUCUGCAACAAGGUCUUGCUGUGUAGCCCAUGCUGAUCUCAGGACAGUCCUCCAGCCCCCACUUCCCAAAAGGUAGAAUUGCAGGCAUGAAGGACCGCACUCAUAAGAGCUGCCUAAGCUUCAGCUUCGUGCAUUUGCCCGGGAAGAUGAGAUGGAGCAUUUGCAAUGUCUUCUGCCAUUAUUCUUUCUCUGAAUGAGCUUGGUUAUAAUGGCAAGUUAUAAAUUAGAAAAGUAAGUCAGUGAUAAUGCUUAUAGGGUCUAAACAUUGAGAAGUAGUAUUUGUACUAAACUGUAUAAAAUAUUCAGAGUUCUUUGGAA